UAAUUAGACGAGAGCUGUGACAGCCAAUUUAUUGAAAGGAAAAUAUUGCAUCGUAAAUAGUUGAAGAAGCAAGAACAAUAUUUUAUUGCCAAAAAAAGAGAAAAUUUUGUAUCCAUUAUUAAACAAAAAAUCGCACGGACUCUUAUAAACAAUUUCAAUAAAAAACAAUUUAAACAAUUUAGCGAACAAAAUCUUGCUUAAACGAAGUGUAGAAUUAGGAAGAUUUCAAUAGAAAAUUCGUCGAGCGUUUGAAGAAAGAAAACAUCAACAAUAAUGAUAAAAUUGUUUUCUCUAAAGCAGCAGCAAAAAGAUGGAGAACAAACGUCAAAAACUGGUACCAACAAAAAGACAUCACCUGCACAGCUGCGAAUUCAAAAAGAUAUUAAUGAUUUAAACCUGCCUAAAACAUGCACAAUAGAUUUUCCUGAUCCAGAUGACCUAUUGUUGUUCAAGUUAAUCAUCUGUCCAGAUGAAGGUUUCUACAAAGGUGGUAAAUUCAAGUUUAGCUUCAAGGUUGGACCGCAUUAUCCCCACGAGCCACCGAAGGUCAAAUGUGAAACUUUAGUUUAUCACCCGAAUAUUGAUUUGGAUGGAAACGUCUGUUUAAACAUUUUACGAGAAGAUUGGAAACCAGUCCUUACCAUUGACUCUAUUGUCUGCGGUUUGCAAUUUUUGUUUUCGGAACCGAAUCCCGAAGAUCCAUUGAAUAAGGAAGCAGCAGAAGUGCUCCAAACGAAUCGGCGGCUCUUCGAAAGCAAUGUUGUCAAGGCAAUGCGUGGUCACAGUGUUGGUGGUACAUACUUUGAAUGCUGUUUGAAGUGAUACGUGAAGUGGAAUCGACCGCAUAAUGCGAAUUACUUAAUUGUACUAACGCCGAACGAUGAAAAAAUCGGAAUAAAUGUAUUCAAAAAAUGGU